AUGUAUAAAAAGAGCGGCCAGUUGCUGUUUUUCACUACCAUUUGUGCAGUCUCAGCUGAACAACAAACCAUGAUGUUCGCCUUCCGUGCCUCCCUUCUCGUGGCUGUGGCCAACUGCGCCUUUGCCGGCUACGCCAGUCCUUUGUACGGCUACAGCGCCCCGUUGGCAGCCUACCACGCCGCCCCAGUGUACAGCAGAGUCGUGGCCCCAGCCGUCACCGCCGUCCACCACGGAGCAGCUGUGUCCCACGUGUCGAGCGUGAGCAGCUACCGCAGCCAGCACCCCGUGGCCACCCCGGUCGCCCGCUACGCCUCCGUCCACACGGCACCGGCUGUGGCCACUGUCCACACCGUGCCUGCGGUUGCUAAGGUCGCCGCCUUCGCUGCCCCCGCGUUCUCCGCUGUCCACGCGGUCCCUACUCAUGGCUACGGCCUCGGAUACGGCUACGGCCUGGGAACUUACGGACUCCGUUAUGGUCAUGGCCUGAGUGCCUAUGGAUAUGGUCUUGGGCACACUUGGUGAUUUCAAGUCAUGUGAAAGAAAUGGAACAACUGCAUGCUAGUGGACAAGAAGCAAGUACAACUCGGAAGAGCUUUGCCGACUUGACCUAAUAAAAGAAAUAAUUGCGGGGACA